GUGUGUAUGUGGUGUCGCGUGAGCCGCACUAGUGCCUUACACGUUGUGUUCCACUAGAAUACACCAAGUCACCAGAUCCGCGGGCGCGCGACGCGCGUCAGAGCGCGACAGGUGUCUCCUGGCUGUACAGGUGUUCUCUUCAGUCGGCCAGUGGUGGUCAGCGGCGCGCAUUCGUGCGUGCGUGCGAGCAUGCCUGCGUGCGUGCGUGCAUGCGUGCGUGCAUGCGUGCUCCGUGUUCCGUUCCGUUCCGUACCGUACCACUCGCGCGUCGUGGAGCGCGAGGAAAGUCUCGGUUCUCUCUUCUCUUUCGCGGCCGCGCGGCGCGAGUUCCGUUCCGUUUCGCGGCUCGAGACUUUUCCUACGAGAAAGUGAUACAUUCGCGAAAGAAACGCGGCGCGACGCCGCGUAUGUGUGUACGUGUGUAUGUCGGAACUCUGAAUAAUGACUUGGCCGAGGCGCAAAGUCAUCGACUCAGGAAUACCGAGAAGAGAGAGGAGCGAUCCACGCGCACGCCCGAUCGACGGAAGGAUGGACUCGCGUUGCACUGGGAUAUUAUGUUAAUCACCUUUUACGGUCAGAAUGAGGGAGGAAGAGCUCGAGAUAUCACUCAAGGUGGUGAUAGUGGGCAACGGCGCCGUGGGGAAGUCGUCGAUGAUUCAGAGGUUUUGCAAAGGUACAUAUACGAGGGACUACAAGAAGACGAUCGGCGUAGACUUCCUGGAGCGUGAGAUCGAAGUCGAUGGCGAGGAUGUAAGACUGAUGCUGUGGGAUACUGCAGGACAGGAGGAAUUUGAUGCGAUAACCGCGGCGUACUAUCGCGGCGCACAUGCCUGUGUUCUCGCUUAUUCGGCCACCGAUAGAGAUUCUUUCGAUGCAAUUCCGUCAUGGAAACUCAAGGUCGAAAAUGAGUGCGGAGAAAUACCUACAGUCCUGGUGCAAAAUAAAAUUGAUCUCGUCGACCAGAGCGUGAUCGAUCCGGACGAAGCCGAAAGGCUCGGUCGUGCCUUAGGCUGCAAACUUCUGCGGACGUCCGUGAAGGAGGAUAUCGGCGUAAUGAGCGUCUUCCGACACUUGGCGUCCCGAUGUCUGCACGAGAUGCGUCGCUCCGACGACGAUUAUCAAGACGACCUGAGAUUAUAUUCCGCGGAGCCUAGAUCUCCUUCCGUCAUAAGUGCAUUUAGUCCGGACGGGUCAAUGUGUGGUCGUAACGUCGGUAAUGGAACGAUAAUCCUUCGGCCCGGCGGUCACAAAACGAAGAGUCAUAAGAAACGAAAUUUCGUGAAAAACGCUUGUAGGCUCUUGUAGCUAUUUUGUUUUUUUUUUCCGUGUACGAUAAAGUUACAUCGCGCGCUCCUUAUUAUCGCACGAAGACGUCGAAGGUACGGGUGUGUCUUGUAAAUAUAUAUAGUUUAUUCUCUGAAGGCGUAAACGGACGGUGAUUUACAGUGUCCGAUAGUGCAAGUCUUAUGUACUCUAAUUUACGACCUACGACGGUUUCGUGUAUAAGAACACAUAGUACGCAUAACAUUUGGGAACUCAUUAAUUUAAACGCAAUAGAAAUAAUCAUCAUAUAAUUAAUAAUGUUGCUCAUAACGUUAACCAAAUGGUUGUAGAUUGUAAGGUACGGAAGAUUUAAUCGCAAAAUAUUAAUUGCAACUACGCGUACUCGCAAAUGCAAAUAGGAUGGGAAUAGUGAUAACGAAUAUGACGCGUAAUUUGUAAAUAUCUCGCCAUAUUAUCAUAUAUAUGUGUUAAACGAUUAAUCGUUAAAUUGCUUUCAAGGACCAAAUUAUGAAAUUAAGAUUUUUAUGUCGAUACGAAUGUAGCGAUAAAUAAUAACAAUAAUAGUAAUAUAAUUAUUAUUUACAGAUUAGUGCGUCGAUUAAUUUUAUUCAAGAUUAUCCAAAUUCAAUAAUAACUUAAGACUUCCACCAUGCUCAAUUUUACAAAAUUUUGAUAUUAACGAAAAUAAAAAUGCAUUUUGAACAUGUAUUGUGGUUUAAGGCUUUUAUCUCUUUAACGUAACGAUGGAAUUACGUUGUCAAAAAUGAGAAAUCGUCUGAUUUCUUUAUUUCUUUACAUGUGUCAUCACUUUUGACAUCAUAAUUCCAUUUGAUAAUUGAAAUAAGAAAUUGUAAUAAAACAAUGAAAGCUUUAAGCACAGUUUGUGUAAACUACAGUUUCUUAAGGCAAUAAUAUAUUACAAUAAGUUAUACUUAAUAACUAAUGUAUUUUUUACUUAUUUGUAAUAUUCUGGAACACAAUAAAAUCUCUGUACAUUUUGCUAAAA